AUGUCUGAUCAAGACAUUCACCCAAGCAAAUACAGUAUAUUACGAGAUACCUAUAAAUACUACAUCGAUUCAUAUAAUGCGCUCUAUCAGUUAAAAACAGAAAAAGAAGAAGAAUUAAACUCAAUUUACAAAAUGAUCAAAACAGAAUUGAUUGAUUCAAAGAAAGACCUUCCACAAAAUGUUAUACGUAACAUUUUAAAAAUAAUCAAGUAUAAAAACCGCUAUACAAAGUCAUAUUUGACACUUGCGAAACAUAUAUAUGAUGAUUAUCAUGUAACAGAGGUCAGCAAAUUUCCACUCACUCCUAACUUCCUGUUUUACAAAGAAUAUGGAAUUAAAUUAUACAAAUCUGCUGAUUUCAGAUACAUUUACGUAAAAAAAUUCGAAAUUCAUUCAGAAAAUACAAUUUACAGGGCAAUUAUGUACAAUGACAUAGAAACUUUCAUCGCAUUCACUGAAAGAGAUGGAUUUGAUAAAGAUCAAAAAUUUAGAAGCGAUUUAUAUCCAGAAUUAUUCGAUCCAUACUCAUUACUUGAAUUAUGUAGUUACCACGGUGCAGUUGAUUGCUUUAAGUUUUUAAGAACAAAAUUUAACUCAUAUAUAUCCGAGAAUUGCCUGGCAUUAUCAUUUUUAGGAGAAAAUCCAGAGAUUAUGAGUGAAUGUUUGAAAUAUCAAAAACCUGGCGGUUAUUGUAUGAAAUUUGCAAUUGCUUCUCAUAACAUUGAUUUUGUUACAUUCUUGAUGAACAAAUACAAAAUGAGGAUAAGGUUAUGUAAUUGCUUAAGAUUUAAAAAUUUGGAGGCAUUUUUUGUUAAAUUCGAUCGAACUAAUAAUGUUGACAAAUGCUUUAUUUAUUCAGCAAAGUUUGGUAUUCCAUCUCUUUGCGAUUUUUUCCUUUCAGCUGGUGCAAAUAUCAAUGAAACAGAUAAAAAAGGAAAAACUGCUCUUAUAUACGCAGCAUACAAUAAUAGAAAAGAUACAACUGAACUUCUUAUUGCAAAAGGCGCAAAUAUCAACAUAGAAGAUAACAGUGGAAGAACCGCUCUUCAUAAAGCGGCACGUUACAAUAGUAAAGAAACAGCUGAACUUCUUAUUGAAAAUGGCGCAAAUAUCAACAUAAAAGAUAAAGGUGGAAGAACCGCUCUUCAUAAAGCGGCUCGUCAUAAUAAUAAAGAAACAGCUGAGAUACUUAUUUCACUAGGCGCAAACAUCGAUGAAGUUGAUGAAAAUGAAAGAACCGCCCUUGAUUAUGCAGCAUGGUAUGAAAGUAAAGAAACAAUCGAACUUCUUCUUUCACAUGGUGCACGCUGCAACUCUUUAGUUUUCUGA